AUGGGACCUGCUAUCAAUCCUAGGCCUGCUAUCAGCCUCUACUUGCGGAGGGAAGUUAUGGCUAAUAUUCUUCAGCCAGAGUUGGUAAUUUCUAGUACUUUUGAAUUUGUUCGUUUUGUGUACAUGUGCAAUACAAGUGAUCUGGUUGAAGUUGUUGUCCCUUUUAUGGGUGAAUCUAUGAGUGAUAGAACUCUGGAAAAAUUCUUGAAAAAUUCUGGUGACAUGGUAGAAGUUGAUGAACCAAUUUUUCAAAUUAAAACAGAUAAGGUGACAAUUGAUAAUGCAAGUCCUGAAGCAGGUGUAAUCCAAAAGUAUGUAGCCAAGGAAGGGGAUACUGUGGAACCAAGUACUAAGAUUACUGUCAUUUCAAAGUUUGGCGAAGGUGUUGCUCAUGUUGCUCCAUCUGAGAAGACAACAGACAAAGCUGCUUCUCAGCCACCUCCUGUUGAACUAAGUGAAGAGGAUAAGAAAAAGCUAAAGUUGAAAGCACUCCUAUUAUAUAGAAGCCAAAGAGUACUUCUACUGCUUCUCUUAAACGCUCUGCUACAGAACCCUAGCCUCCCUCUAAAGAAAGGAAAGACGAAUACUCUAAUUUUACUUGAUUUUGGUUUCAUAGACACUGCUUUGAGGAAUCCUCUAGUCAUGAUGAAAGAAAAGAACUCCAAUCAGAUUAUGAAAUCUCGGAGGAUGAAAAGAGGACAAGAAUUGGGAGUUUGA